GAGAGAUAGCGGACCUGAAUUGCUGGUUAUUAGAUUAAAGGUCGCUGAAUGGAUGGGCGGGGAGUCUAACAAACCAGUAUCACAUUCCUAGCCCGGAAUUCUGCAGAUCUCUUGGAUACCAUUCGCACAACACUAGGGAUAUUUACUUAUGCUGACCUGCAAUGAUGGACUUUGGAAUUGGAUCGCUGAUACUUGUUCUGUGUAUCACAUGUCUCAUUCUCUUCACCGUGUGGUCAGAGAACAGUAAGAGAAAGGAGAUGCCUCCUGGACCAACUCCGCUCCCUCUUCUAGGAAACUUCCUACAGCUGGACCUCAAUGCCAUGCCUCAGUCAUUAUUAAAACUUGCCAAAAUUUAUGGAGAUGUAUUCACGGUUUACCUGGGCUCCAGGAGAGUGGUCAUCGUACAUGGGUGUGAUGCUGUUAAGGAGGCUCUGAUAGACAAGGCUGAUGUUUUCAGCAAAAGAGGGAGAAUUCCUGUAGCUGAACUCCUUUUUAAAGAUUUUGGAGUUAUAUUUAGCAAUGGAGAACGCUGGAAGCAACUCCGCCGCUUUUCUCUCACCACCCUAAGAAAUUUUGGAAUGGGGAAAAAAAGUCUUGAGGAACACAUUCAGGAAGAAGCCCAAUAUCUAAGAGAUGAAUUUAGCAAACGGAAAGGUUUUCCUUGUGAUCCAAAUUACUUUUUGACCUUGGCCGUUUCCAAUAUGAUCUGUUCCAUUGUUUUUGGGGAACGUUUUGAAUAUGACGACAAGAAGUUUCUUGGACUCCUUGCCAUGUUAAAAGAAAUUUUUGGUGUAUUAAACUCCGGAAUCGGACAGCUACUUAACUCUUUCCCCAAACUUCUGAAGUUUAUUCCUGGAUCACAUCAGAAGAUAUACGGAAAUCUUUCAUCUCUAAAACAGUUUGUAAUGCAGAAGGUGAAGGAACAUCAGGGGACGUUGGACCAGAACUGUCCCAGGGAUUUUAUAGAUUGUUUCCUUAUAAAGAUGGAGGAGGAAAAGGGGAACCCCAACACAGAAUUUAUCUUCGAAAAUUUGUUCAUUACCGUCUUGAACCUUUUCUUUGCUGGAACAGAAACAACAAGCACUACACUGAGGCACAGCUUAAGACUUAUGCUCAAGUGUCCCGACAUACAAGCUAAAGUUCAAAAGGAAAUCGAUGUGGUGGUCGGUCCAGAUCGUUGUCCUUCCUUAGACGAUCGAAGCAAGAUGCCAUAUACAGAGGCUGUGAUUCAUGAGAUUCAGAGAUAUUCAGAUAUUGUCCCACUGGGUUUGCCCCAUGCGGCAGCAGAGACCACCAACUUCAGAGGAUACACCAUCCCCAAGGAUACCACUGUGUUUGUUUUCCUGUCAUCUGUACUGAAAGAUCCCAAAUACUUCAGAAACCCAACAAAAUUUGACCCGGGUCACUUUAUAAAUGAUAAGGGGGAAUUUCAGAAGAAUGAAGCUUUCUUACCAUUUUCAGCAGGACGAAGGGUGUGCUUGGGGGAAGGAAUGGCAAGAAUGGAGAUCUUUCUGUUUCUCACCUUCAUCCUGCAGAAUUUUAGCUUGGAAUCCGAUGAGGACCCUUCUGAUAUUGACAUUACCCCUCUUCCUUUCAAGAUACGUUUUGUUCCUCGCUAAAAGCUAUACUUGAAAAUGUUGAAUAGUUAUAAUUUAAAGGGGUACUCUGGUGGAAAACUUUUUUUUUUUUUAAAUCAACUGGUGCCAGAA